GAUGAAAUUAAAUCCUUAAAUAUGGUCUUCAUAAUUUGAAAAGUUUUGAAGCUGCAAACUAUGAUUGGGAUGUGAGGAAGAGCUCAACAAAAUGGUGAACCUAAAAUAACAACAUAUAUUUUUAAAAAAAUCAAUGUUUUAUUCCAGAACUAAAUGAAAUAGAUUAUAUAUUCAGACAAUAUCAUUACAGAGUUUUGAGGUUACAAUAAAAAAUCAAAUAAACUUUAACAUUAAAACAUGAAUACAUCCUAUCUACCAAUGCAUCUUCAAUUAGGACAAGAGCAGUAGUUUCCUGAUUUUAUCUUUUUACAUCAAUUUUUAGCCCUGAAACACAGUCAAAUGAAUCCAAAUUCAUAUUACAUCUUAAAAAAAAAAAAAAAUACCAAGAUCUCAAACUGAAUUAAAAUAAACAAACAAUAGCUCAAUGACUACAAAUGAAACAGGUAAUAAAAUCCGUUCUCAAGACCCAUUUCCAGUUCUACAAUAUCGAAUGACUACAAGGACAACAGUAUACAUAAUGAAGCAAAAGAGAAUUUCAGCUGCAUCCAUUAUAGUAUAAAGGGAUCAACUAUAAAUUUGUAUUACACAAAGGGAACAGUGAGCUGGUCGAAUCCAUACCUUUUGGGGCCAUUAGUUUGCUUCACCGAUAAACCCUUACCUAAGAGAACACAACAAAUGAAAAACGUCAAUUACAUUGGAAGAAGGUAUUUCUCGAAAUGAAACUACAAGCUACAAGAAGUUUAUGGAGAUCUCCAUAUCAUCACCAAUAAACUACCUCUCCAUAAAUGACUCGAUCGUUGGAGCUUCAUCACAGAGAAGCUAUCUUAUUGCAGAGAAAGAUGUAGAGAAUGAGCAAAGAAUUUGAAAUUUAUUAUCAAAUUCAUAGGUAUGAGAGGAUAUUUAAAAUACAUGCUAUUCAGUUUUUGAAAUACACAAGUUAAAAUACAUGUAUUUAGAUCAAAUAUACUCAUAUUUUAUAA